AUGGAAAACAAGUUGUUUAUUGGAACCCUAUUAUGUAUAUGCCUUGUGAUACAAGUCACCAGCGGCGAAGAUGACAACCCUCUAAUAAACCAUUACGCUGAUUACGAAUCGAUCCAUCCCAGCGAAUACUACAGCUCCGAUUUUGAGCUCAAAGACGGAACCAAUGUGAUCUUCGAAGCCAUCAAUGAAUUGCAAGGUAUCAAGAAACCAAAAGCAGGUUUCCAAUGCAGCAUUGGCAGAAAACACUGGACUAGGUCUCUUCCAGGAGACGUGUUUUUCGCCAAAUUCUUCUUUUACCGGGUUAACCCGAACGCAAAGGUGAUUAACCGGUGCCAUUUCCGGUCGAAUCUAGGUUAUGUCAAUGUCAUUAUCGAGAUAACCCCUGCGCUCGGACGAAAGUGUCCUGACUACAGAUGCAUUUUAGCGAUCAGACGUGAAGGUUUGUUGAUGAAAGAUACUAAAGAGCUCUUUCCUUGGACCCCUUGGCCUCACCGUCAUACUCAACCUAAGUUGCCUGAGGUCACCAAAUGA